AUGACAGGAACUGCUGGCGCCGGUAGCAGCGGUGGCGGAGGCUUCCUACAUAGCGUCCUUUCGCUGCCUGCAGCCAAGUAUGCGCUCGCGGCUGGUGUAGGCACUCUCGCGGUCGGCACACUCCUGUAUUCGACUGGCAAUUUAGGCUCGAUUUCUUCCUCUCCUUCAACAUCAAAGUCAAAUUCCUCUGGAGUUGAAAAAUCCGUACAGCGGAGACAGAAUGGCAGGAAGUCUGGCGGCGGGAAGCAAGAGAACAAACAAAUGGUCUGCUCAAUUUUCUGGGAUGUCGAUAAUUGCUCGCCACCAUCAGGAUUCACAGGGCGAGAAGUCGCGCAAGCCAUCCGAAAGGCGGUCCAAGAAACUGUCAUUGAAGACGAAGCUGGGGGCCAGUCUCGUGGUGGUACAAUCGUCUCAUUCAAAGCAUAUUUGGAGCUGUCCACCGCCGAAUUUACGCCCAACGCUAGCGUCGUACAACUUCGAAGCGAACUGCAGGGAUCCGGGGUGUCGCUCAUCGAUACCCCCAAAAGUGGCAGGAAGAAUGCAAGCGACUUCAUGCUGGCUGCCGAUAUGCUCACGUUUGCACUCGAUGUCCUGCCUCCAGCUCGCAUCUUUCUCGUCUCUGGGGACCGCGACUUUGCAUACUCGCUAGGGACGCUCCGCAAUAGGGGCUACGAGGUCGUACUGAUCGUUCCCCCUGUCGGUGCCACUCCGAUCCUGCAAGCUAGUGCGAACAAGGUACUUCGCUGGCGUCAAGACGUACUCAAAGUACCCACAGAUGCAUCAGGUCGCUCUUACACCACAGCCAAAGAUUCCACAGUCAAGGCGCCAGCAUCAGACCCCCCCAGCAAUGCUCCUGAUGCGUCGCAAACAAAUGCAGUCUCCAGUAUCGUUCCAUCUUCCUCCCGGCCGAAAACUACCCCUCCGCUGCCAAGUUCGACAUUAGGCUCAUUUGUGACUUCAAACAUAUCUGUAAUCAACAAGUCACCACCUUCGAAGCAUAACGAUUUGGUUCGAGAAGAGGACAACUCGCAACAACAGAUCGACGAGGUGUUCACACCCCUGAUAGAAGUACUUCACUUCUAUGCGAAAGAAGGGAACAAGAAGCCGCUGCGCUCCGCCACUGCGGUUCGCUUGGUCACCAGCUAUCCGAAAGUGUACGAACGGGCUGGUGCAACAAGGUGGGCAGAAUAUGCAGCAGUUGCAGAGGCAAACGGGCUCGUGGUGCUUGGCUCAGAUGGAUUCCCAGGCAGCGAAUGGAUAGCACUUACCGCUCUUGCCGAGCCAAAGCCAACCCCCACCCCAUCCACAGUAUCGAAGGUUGACACAAGCAAGCCCCUUCCGCAGCAGCAUCAUCCGCAACAACAAAUGCAAUUGCCAGGAGGCUUGCCGUCUCUGACGUCAUCAACAAUUACGCAUACCGGCUCGGACCCUGGCAAACCCACAAAUGAUGCUAACGGCGCAGCCCGAGCUCGCUCCAUUUCAUCUGCUUCGAAACUGGACGCAGCAACCAUCAAGCUUCCAAAAGGGGAUCGGCCAAUCGAGGUCUUUUUCCCCCUCAUCGAAGUACAUCGGUCCAUCAAGACGUCUGGGACGUCCAAGCCGCUUGCCACAGAAAUAGCGACGCAGCUCAUGAUUAUGGAACGCCAAGGAAUUGCUGACGUGUACCGUCAAGCCGGUGUCUCUAAUUGGGAAGAGUACAUUGCGUUGGCCGAGCAAACGGGUGUUGCCCGAUUGCGCGAGCCGGACACCGGCUUGACAGCAUCCACCGUCCAAAUUCACCCGAGGUAUUCUGAGCUUUACACGUCUCAAGUCACUGCGAGCGCAGCGCGCAUCGUCGACACUACAGUGGGCCGCAACGAUAAUGCUCUGAAGCCGAACGCAGCCGCGGCUGCUAAGUCAAGCAAGCAAUCUGCAGCGAACAACCCGUCUUUGCCGGCACCAGAUGGCACCGCAAAGAAGUAUCGGAACAUUCGCACCGCAUCGUACGACCCCAAAGCCAAGGGUCAGAAUAUAUACAAUGGACACACGUUCCCGGAGGAGUUCACGCUUCUCGUCAUCGCGCUGCUCGACCAGCGUGAAGAAGGUCGCUUCUACAGCGUGGAUGCUUUUUUGCACAAGCUGCUUUACAGGCUCGGGCAAAAGGACAUCAAGAAGGUGGACGAGUUUAACGCCUUCCUCAAGCGCGCAGAAGACGCAAAAGUGAUUGAAAUACAACCUGGCUUCAGUGCAAGCACCAAGCACAUACGCCUGCAUAGCUGUUUUUCUGCGGCAUCUAAGCAGAGUGACAGAUCCUUCGAGCACAAGUCCAACGAGGACAAAAAUGUCGCCAUCAGUGAACAAACAGGUAACCGUUUCAACGGUCACAAUUGCGACACUUCGAGCCACUCGAGCUCCGCGCGGAGCGAGGACCCCACUUUCGAGGCACAAGUAAAGGUCUUGUGGAGUGCUCAGGUGUCGUCAGAAGAUGAUGUUCGAUUCUGGCCACUGGCCGGCACGUUGGCCCAAAUUUAUGAAAAGGAAGGCGCAGUGGUGGUUUCGCGUAGCCGCUUAUCCGGCGAAGUGCCCAAGCGUUUCCCGCUGCAGAGAGGAGCAUCGGGUUCGACGGGAGCAUGGUACCAAGCCCAUAAUGUGAGCGGCUUCUGGGAAUAUGCCACUCUGGCAGCUCAGAAAGGCUACGUCGAUAUCGUUCGCAAUGAUGGCCGUGGCCACGAGGGGAUUACUCUAUCAGCUCCGUUAUCUCCAGCAUCGUUAAAGCAAAAAUAG